AUGCCUCUCACUUACGGCUCCUUCUUGCUUGCUGCUGUGAUGGAAGCAUCCCUAGGACAAUCUGAUAUCCCUUUCCAGAUUACUGCUGACUAUCCACCGGGUUGUCAUGGAGGUCCUGGUCCAGGGGAGGGAAGCAGCAUUACCCAAAUGCUAGCGCCUUCCUGCAUUUACAACAUGAAGGGGUACACAAUCGAUGGAGUUCAUAGAGAUGUUGCCGGGAUCAUACUCAACACCAACAGGCAUGG